AUGUCUGUGGCCUCAUUGAGCCGGGAUACUGCCUUCCAGGCACGGUCGUUGUUCCGUUCCCUCCUCCGUCAAUCGUCGCAAUUCUCCGCCUUCAACUUCCGUGAAUAUGCCCGCCGGAGGACGAGGGAUGCUUUCCGUGAGCACCAGAAUGAGUCGGAGGACAGGAAGGUCCAGGAAUUGUUCCAGGAGGGGCUGCAGAACUUGCGUAUGAUGAAGAGACAAACGAUCAUCAGCCAGUUCUACCAGUUCGACAAGUUGGUUGUGGAGGGACAAGAGACGGGGAAACAAACUGGGGGAGAAGGUGAUAUCGUCCGCCAGAAGGAUACCGGAUCCUCCCGGUCAGGCCGCCACCUAGGUGAAGCAACUGCCGCCCGCACGCGCACUGGUCAAAUCGACCACGACGUCUUCGAAGGCCUCCCCGUCCGCCGCUGGACCCGCCAACACCAAACAGUCUCGCAAGCCCCCAAACCCGACGAAGCAGAAUCCAUCUUCCAAGGCCCCGGCGGAAAACAAACACUCCCAGAACACCCCAUGCCAAGAGACAGUCAGCUGUUGACGCCUACAAGUAAGGCGCUUUUGCGCGCGGCGCGCGCGGGGUGUAUAUAUAUCAGACAGGCGCCGAAGGAGGCUGAGGACAUCAACCUUAUUAUCAACGAGGAGAAGGAGACGGCGGAUACGGAGGAGGGUGGCGCUGUUGCUGCAGGGCAGCCGAAGGCGGAGAGGAGCUUUGUGACGAGGAAGUGGAUGACGGUGCCGCGGCAGAUGGAGCCGCCGGAGGUGGAGUUUUUGGCGAAGAGACGGCCAGGUUUGCCUUCGUUGUAUGGGGCUGCUGCUACGGGCGUUGAUGGGGCGCCUAAUGUGCCUAUGAGACGGACGCGGUUUAAGAAGGUUGACCCGGCGACUGGGAAUGUGUCUGUUUAUGAGGCCUGGGUUCCCGAGGGUCAUCGUAUUGAAGGGGAGAUUGCUGCAGAUGAUCAGGUUCUGCCUGGAAAUGCUGAAGCAACCGUCAAUUCUGAAGCGCCCGCGCCGGGGACGGUGGUUGAGGGUGUUGGAACGGUUAACGGUGAGGGCGUGGUUGUUGCAGAGGCUGGUUCGGCGGCUGUUAUGACCCCCCCGAAGCGGCGACCACCUCCACCCAAGCGCAAGGGCAAGGGCUUCAAGGGUAGGAGAAAGAAGGUCAUGUUCGCGCCUGGUGAGGGCGCUGAUGUCUCUGCUGUCCAUGGCGCUGGAGCUGGCGCUGGCGAGGGUGCGAUGGACACAGAUGGCGUCAAGUCUGAAGAUGGGGAUGCAUCGCGUGGUGACCAGGGUGGUCAUGAGGAUGAGGAUGAUGACGGUGAAGAGGGUGAGGAGAGUGACGAGGGCGACGAGUCUAUGAUGGAUGCGAAGACGCCGGAGACGCCUGCCGCGGAACCUGCUCAACCUACUCAGACUCCCCAAAAUGCUCCCGCAGAAACAGCGCCAGAACCGCAAGCUUCUGGUGAUGCACCGCAAGCAGCCGAACAAGCUCCUGCUCCCGUUUCAGACAAGCCCAGUGAUGAGAAGCCGGUUCCUGAAGAUGUAACCAUGACAGACUACCAGCCUGAGCCUGCAACAUCUGAACCCCAACCAGCACCUGAUACACAGCAACCAAGUGCGCCAGAGCAACCAGCACCCGCCGUGGACACAACCAACGAAAACCAGCCGCAGACAGAACAGCCCGCUCCUCCCGCUCCAGAAGAGUCCCCGGAAAAGCCACAAGAGACAGUCAAGACAGAGUCUGAUCAACAAGAGAACCAAGAUGCCAUGGACACAUCAGCAGACCAGCCCCUCGAACAACAACAGCCGCAACAAGAACAGCAACAGAAGCAAGAGCAAGAGUUAGCUCCCAAGCCGGAACUAGAACAACAAGAACACGAUACAUCCGCCACCGAAAACCAAGAUGUGGAUGUAUUAGGUACUCUCGAGAAGAGUUUUGAUGCUCCUGCUAGCAGUGAACAGGCGGAACCUCAAACAAAACCUGAGCCUGAGCCAACGCAGGCUGGUGACUUAACUGAACCUGCUGCCUCAACGGAAACGGGGCCAGCAGAAGAGCAGCCGUCGACAAACAACCAGGAAGUUGAAAAUCCUACUGAAGAGCAGCCGCAGCUGCAACAAGAACAAGAACAAGAACAACAACCCAAGGAAGAAGUCGAAGAGCAGCCUCCUGUACAACAGCCAAUUGAGCAACCACAAGAACAGCAACAACCCGAAGGAGAACAACAACCUACGGAAACCCCUGCUGUUGAGCCCACGGAACCUACUGAGCAGCCUACUGAGCAACCCACAGAACAACCUGCAGAACAACCUAUUGAACAACCCGCGGAAAAACCCGCAGAAGAACCCGCGGAACAACCCGCAGAAGAACCGAAGGAGGAACCAGCAGAAGAACCGAAAGAGGAACCCGAACCCCAACCUCAGCAACAAGCAGACGAAGCACAGCAACAAGAACAGGAACGGCAAGGACAACAACCACCACCACCAGCACCGGCACAGGAGGGAGAACCUGGCCAGAACUAG